UUCUCGGUUAAUGCAUACCUCCAAGGCUCCAACUGUUCUUGUCACACUCUCACUGUCCACGCUUGUCUUGGCCGCUUGACUAGAUACAACCACACAGCCAUGUCUUUUGCCAGCCACGCCGGCGCCGGCGCCGGCGACCAGCAGCACAGGUGCUGCUCCAGGACGGUGCACUUCGUGCUGGUCCCGAUGAUGGCGCAGGGGCACACCAUCCCCAUGACCGACAUGGCCCGCCUGCUGGCCGAGCACGGCGCUCAGAUCAGCCUCGUCACCACUCCGGUCAACGCCGGCAGGAUGGCGGGGUUCGUCGCCGCCGUGGAGGAGGCUGGCCUGCCAGUGCAGCUGCUGGAGCUCCCCUUCCCGGCUGCUGAUUUCGGCCUGCCAGACGGGUGCGAGAACAUUGACAUGCUCCAGUGCAAAGACGACAUGAGGAAAUUCCUCGAGGCCUGUGGCGCGCUCCGGGAGCCACUCAUGGCGAGGCUCCGGCAGCACGACCUGCCGCCGAGCUGCAUCGUAUCCGACAUGAUGCACUGGUGGACCAGUGACAUCGCCAGGGAGCUCGGUAUCCCCUGGCUUACCUUUAGUGGCUUCUGUACCUUUGCCUCCCUCGCCAGGGACAUUGUUUACCGUAACAAUCUAUUGCGGGACCUCACUGAUGAGGAGGAGGUCGUUAAGCUCUCAGGGUUCCCUACGCCGCUAGAGUUGCCAAAAGCUAGAUUGCCUGGAAGCUUGUGCGUUCCAGGUCUGGAGGAAAUCCGUGAGAAGAUCUAUGAUGAGGAGAUGCGAAGCGACGGCAAGGUCAUGAACAGCUUCGACGAGCUGGAGACUUUGUACAUGGAGUCCUAUAAGCAGGUGACAGAUAAGGUCUGGACGAUCGGCCCAAUGUGCCUGUGUCACAGAGACAGAAACACAAUGGCUGCUAGAGGAAACAAGGCGUCAUUGGAUGAAGUAAAAUGUUUGCAAUGGCUCGAUUCAAAGAAGCCAGGUUCCGUGAUCUUUGUCAGUUUUGGCACCCUUGUCAGCACCGCGCCUCAGCAGCUUGUUGAGCUGGGACUGGGGCUUGAAGCUUCCAACAAACCGUUCAUAUGGGUGAUCAAAGCAGGAAAUAAGUUUCCAGUAGUCGAGAAAUGGCUUGCAGAUGGAUUCGAGGAACGUGUCAUAGACAGAGGGAUGAUCAUAAGAGGUUGGGCACCACAGAUGAUGAUCCUGUGGCACCAGGCCAUUGGAGGGUUCAUGACACAUUGUGGGUGGAACUCGACAAUAGAGGGCAUCUGCGCGGGUGUGCCUAUGAUCACAUGGCCACACUUUGCAGAGCAAUUCUUGAAUGAAAAACUGGUAGUGGAUCACCUGAAAAUUGGGAUGGAGGUUGGAGUGAAAGGAGUGACACAGUGGGGAAGUGAACAAAAAGAGGCUCAGGUGACAAGGAAUUCUGUGGAGACAGCAGUGUCCACAUUGAUGAAUGAGGGGGAGGCUGCACAGGGGAUGAGAAUGAGAGCAAAAGAUUUUGGCAUAAAGGCAAGGAGGGCUUUGGAAGAGGGAGGUUCUUCAUAUAACAACAUAAGGUUAUUGAUUCAAGAAAUGGGAAACGAGCAAAAUGCAUCUGGUUGAUACAUAUAUAUGGGAAUAAGCUUUUUUUAUUAAAAUUCUAGAUCUGAAAGAAUGAAUUGGAGGAUACUAUCGUACCUAUAUACUUGUAAGGAUGGGAGGAGUCCAUAUUUGGCCCUUUAACUAUGGUCUUGCCCGGAUUUUCAUCCCUAAGAAUUGUGCUCCCUUCAAUUCCAAAUACAAGCCGUGUAAAGACUUGUGCAUAAAUAUGAUUUAUUUAUUAGAAGGAUAACAUUUAUUUAGUAUGGAAAAUCUGGAAGAAUAGUAAAAACUUCUGUAUUCUAAAAUGACUUGAUAUUGAGAAA